CGUAAGUAUACCAGGGGGGGCCGUGAGGAUCCUGCCUUGCCUACUAUAAUAUAAGGUUUCCUAGGCACAUACUCAGUGAUGAUUUCACUGUAUGCAAAAUCGACCCGUCCUGAGACAACCUUCAGCCUCACCCGUCACCCAAUCCCUGCUUCUAGGCCUGCCAACAUAACCUACCUACCUGAGGCAUCUACUGCUAUGCCACCGACCCCAAUGUGUCCGGGGUACGCUAGGAGGUAGUCCCACAUCACAUUCCCCUCCGAUCCGGCAUCUCUCUCGAUGCGCAGGCCGUAUCUGCGCAUUCCGUACACCGAUGUAUUAGCAUCGCCCACCGUCGUCCCCCAGACCGCCGCCACCGUCUCCGGUGCCGUUGCCGCCCUGCGGGAGUUCUUCGGGGCCCCGCCCCCUCCUUCGGCCGCCUCCGCUGCCACCGUCGUCCUCUCGGGGGCCGGCAUAUCCGUAGCCAGCGGGCUCGCCGAUUACAGGGGGCCCAAGGGCACCUAUCGCGUGAACAAGACCUACCGGCCCAUCUACUACCACGAGUUCGUGCAAGACCACGAGGCCCGGAAGCGCUACUGGGCCCGCAGUUUUCUCGGCUGGACGAACCUCCUCAAGGCGAAGCCUAACGUCGGCCACUACGCGGUGAAGCACCUCGGCGACCUGGGACUGGUUCACAGCGUCAUCACCCAGAACGUAGAUUCUUUCCAUUCCAAGGCGCACCCCCAGCUGCCUACGCUCGAGCUGCACGGCUAUCUGAGAUCUUGCGUGUGUACAUCAUGCCACGAGGAGCUGCCCCGAGACCUGUUCCAAGACGAGCUGGCUAGACUAAAUCCCGCUUGGGCAGCUUUUCUCGCCGAGAUCCUGGCCACCGGUGCCCUGGACGCCGAGAACCCCGACGAGAGGCGGGCCAAGGGGUUGAGGACAAACCCCGACGGUGACGUCGACCUCCCGGAUGCCCCCUAUACUACAUUUCGCUAUCCCGCCUGCCCCAAGUGCCUCGCCGCCCCGCCUGCCGUCGCCGACGGGAGCCACGCGACAGUCGAGGUCGACGCCGAGGGGGCUUGGAAGGCGACAAGCACCGCCGGGAUAUUGAAGCCAGCCGUUACCAUGUUCGGAGAGAACAUACAGCCGCCGGUCAGGGCCGCCGCCGAGCAGGCCGUCGAAAACGCCGCGCGACUGCUAAUCCUGGGCACCUCUCUGGCUACCUAUUCCGCAUGGCGCCUAGCCAAAAGAGCUAAGGAUCGAGGUAUCCCUAUAGCCAUCAUCAACUUGGGCGGCGUUAGGGGCGAGGACACCUUGUUUGGCGAUAUCGACCCGGCCCAGGAGGGGGGUAGAGGCGUAAGAGCGGAGUUGUCCACCGACGAGUUGCUGCCCGAGCUCGUACAACAGCUUAGACUGUCAUCGGGUAUCAAGGCGGCCCCGGGUAGCCGCGAUUAUGCCACCGAGAAACAUGGGGCCUCGGUUUUCAAAGACAUGGUGUCGUGAGAGCGUAGAGCGAUCACCCCGACAGAUAUAUACAUAUAUA